UAUGGCCUCUUGGCACCCCCUUCCUGAUGGAUUACAGAGGCGCAUCCGUGCAGCCGGGCAGGCGGCGCUGGGACACUGACUGGACGGGCGCAAUGUGACGGGGAGGCAACUUCAGCCACGAGGGAGGGAGGGGUGGUUUAACUAUUAGCCACCACCAAGCAUUAAGACAGCUGUGCGGAGCCGGUGCCGUACACAAGGCGUGCGCAAAGCCGAGGAUCGGAAGACAGCAGCGUCCAGGCGGCCGCAUGGAGUCUUUGUGCACAUACUGACCUUCAAUUCUCCGCUUCUUCCUCUCCGGGUCUUGGAUAGUUUGAGGAAUCUAUUGUGUGGCUCAGCGACAUUGUUAUAAUGGAAUCAGGUGACUGGCAACUCUGGUUUUCAGAGGUGGUUUUCUGCAGCAGGUAAUUUGAUCCUCAUACAGAAGAUCUUUAAAUAUCCUCUUUGAAAAGCUUCCAGCCACCACGUGGCGUAAGGGGAGACAUUUCCAGACCGGUGCUCUGAGCAGGAUCCCACUAUCAGCGGACUGACCAGACUGCAGAAAUCUGGCUUCUUCAGUAUUUCUUCAGCUUGUUCUGGACUUUAAAGGGCUCUUUACAAAUGACUGGCGGGGGGUUAUGCAGUAAAUCCCGAGUCUACUUUUUUCUUUUCUCUUUUGUUUUGAAGCGCAAUGCCUUUUCUUUUGCCGGCCAACCCCUAGCACCUUAGAGUGAAUGGAGAACAUACUGGUAUUGCUUCCGAAGCACCGACAGGAACACAUGCGCUGCGGUAGGACGGCUGCUUGUGCCUUGCUGGAAAUUUUUAUCUACAGAGCAAUUUACUCUUCCUCUUUUGUAACAGCCCACAGUACCUGUUAGCCUAUUUAAUGGGAUAAAUCAACUGGAGAGACCAGGUGUAAAACCAGAUCCACCAACAGGUUUCAUUCUGACUUUCCCCAAACCAUUAGCCUAAGGCACGCUUACCUUUUCUUGCUGAGGACACUGUCUGUCAAAGGCCUCCGCAUGGUACUUUGGUCAAAAGAACAAGACAAACUCCCUGACAUCGAGAUGUCCUCAGGGGACUUUGAGAUGAAGAAGGAGGGAGGUCUCCUGACCCCAGCCUUCCUCAAUUCUAACUGCUCUGUCCACCCACUGAUCCUCACCAGAGGCCCAGAAGAAGUGAACCCACAAAUUGGAGGUGAGUUUGAACUCACUGAGGUCACAUCUUUUACGGAAAGAAUCAGCGAGAUUGGGGAAGAUGAGGAGAGAUCGGAGAUCGUGGUGGCGUUAGACUGUCGGGCCAAUGCCAAAGGUCAACGAGAGGAGGAUGCUCUUCUGGAGAAUGCAAGCCAGAGCAACGAGAGUGAUGACAACAGCCUCAAUCAGAGCCCUGAGCCACCAACACCACUUAAGGAGACGUCCAUUUCCAUCGGCCUGCAGGUGGUUUUCCCCUUUCUGCUGGCUGGCUUUGGAACUGUGGCAGCAGGAAUGGUGCUAGACAUUGUCCAACACUGGACGGUGUUCACAGAGGUGUCCGAAGUCUUCAUCCUUGUUCCCGCAUUGUUGGGGCUAAAAGGGAACUUAGAGAUGACGCUGGCUUCCAGACUUUCAACAGCGGCUAAUAUUGGGCAGAUGGACACAGCAAAGGACAUGUGGAAGAUGAUCAUGGGGAAUUUGGCCCUCAUCCAGGUCCAGGCCACAGUUGUGGGGUUCCUGGCUUCCAUAGCUGCUGUAAUCUUUGGCUGGCUCCCAGAGGGACGGUUCAAGCUGGGCCACGCAGUGCUGCUGUGUGCCUCGAGUGUGGCCACAGCCUUCAUCGCAUCUCUGCUCCUGGGUCUCAUCAUGAUCGGCGUGAUUGUGGCGUCCAGAAAAGUUGGCAUCAACCCUGACAAUGUGGCCACCCCCAUCGCUGCGAGCCUUGGAGACCUGAUCACCCUGUCCCUGCUGGCAGGCAUCUCAACAGGGCUCUACAAGGAGCUAGAGUACAAUGACUAUGCCAACCCGCUGGUGUGUGCGGUGUUUGUGGCAAUGUGUCCUGUGUGGGUGCUGAUAGCCAGGAAGAUCCCAGCUACCAGAGAAGUCCUCUAUUCUGGCUGGGAGCCGGUCAUCAUCGCCAUGGCCAUCAGCAGUGUCGGAGGUCUGAUCCUUGACAAGACCGUUAGCGACCCAAACUUUGCUGGGAUGGCUGUUUUUACUCCAGUCAUCAACGGUGUAGGGGGCAACCUGGUGGCAGUGCAGGCCAGUAGAAUCUCCACCUAUCUCCACAUGAACGGGCUGCCCCUGGGGGACCCCAACCCCGUUCCCAGGAAGUGUCCCACACCGUGCUCGGCAUUUUUUGAAUCCACGGUGAACUCUCGUUCAGCCCGUGUGCUCUUCUUACUGGUUGCCCCGGGUCAUCUCAUCUUCCUCUACACCAUCAACUCCCUGAGAGGGGGCCACACCACCCUGACACCCAUCUUCAUCACCUUCUACCUGGUAGCUGCACUGCUGCAGGUCGCCAUCCUCCUGUACCUGGCUGACUGGAUGGUUCACUGGAUGUGGGGCCGAGGCAUGGACCCUGACAACUUCUCCAUCCCGUACCUGACCGCUUUGGGGGACCUCCUGGGAACCGGCUUCCUUGCCCUCUGCUUCCAUAUGCGUUGGUUCAUUGGGGACAGAGACUCCAAUUUAGGCAACUGAAAACUUGCAAACGUAUGCACAAAAAAAAACAACUAAACUUACAUAUACUGUAAGCUUGCACGCAAAAACAUUGAUGAACAUCACCCAUAUGCCUGAGUCUUAAAGUGGACAUCCACAAUAAAAGGGCUGAUCUCCUGAAGGGCUCUGGAUGAUGGUGUUCUUAGCAGAAUUUCACCCUCAGGAUAUCAGGACGCUGUUUCACUGGUGGAAAAGCAGCAGCAGCGUGUAAAUCCUGAUAAAGUCUUGCUGUCACCGUGGAACACAGACCUCUUCAUCUCAAACAUGAAACAACAAAAUACUCUGACCAAUGAUAGAUCCAGCCUCACAGGCUCCACCACUCCUUAAUCCUACUAAACAUCUGAGUCCUGCCACUUUUAUUAAUUGAUAAUAUUGUUAACAAACAAUGCAUUUGAUAUGAUUUGAUAUCUGUUUUAUGUGCUUGUCAAGUCCUCAUUAUUUUCUAUAGGGACAUAAGCCCUCUUGUUUAAAAAAGCAUUUGUUUGAAAAAGAGCACAACCCUCACCCCUCCCUAUGUGCAUGCACACACAUACACACACACACACAAACGAGCCUAGAAUGAGUGAUUAAUCACCAAAUGCUGUAUUAAUAUUAAGGUAUUUUCUUCUGCUUUGGUAAAAUAGUUUUGUUCUCUGUUGUUAUGCUUCAUUAUGGUAGCAAACAGGGCUUUGGUUUUACUUCAGGGGACUGGAUGUAAAUUCCUUUUUAAUAGCGGCUUCCGGGUCUUGGUUUGAGGAUCCACUCCCCGUGUGCUUGUUGUGUGAUGUUGAAAACUUACCAACAAACAAGAAAUUAGUCCAUCAAGGCUUUAGUUAUUCAAUAUAGUUGGUGACAUAUGAGAAUAUUCUUCAUAGUCUUUCUUAAAAGGUGUACAUUUGCACAGGUGACGUUAGAUCCUUUUGUGUUCACCAGGGGCGCUGUUUGUUAGGUAACCCCUUUUAGAUUGAUGUGAAUUUGGCUCGAAGUUCUGCAGCCCGAUGCUGGUUGAUGCAUAAUCCACACAUGCAGGAUCAGCAUUUAGCUGCCAUCUAGCAGUUGGAGUUGUGCCCAAUUAUACCUUUUGGGUCAUAUAAUUUUGGCUCAACUGCAUACUGAACACCUACAUUUAUAUAUAUUGUGUGUGCUAUAGUUAACUUAGCAUCUACUUGACAACAAAAGCGCAAUUUAGUUUUCCAUAAAAUUGUUGAAUAAAUUCAAAUGGCAAUAGGUUCAAAGUAAAAACAGCAGUCAUUUGGUGUCUGUAGUGGCAGAAAAAUCUAGCCUUUCUUAAACAAUACAUGGAUAUGGUAAAUUGACUCAAUUGAUAGUCAUACUAACCACUUGAAGCACUUUACAUUAGAGCUAUCUUCACCCUGUCACAUUCACUAACUGGCAUACAUUGGGCAGAUCACUAGGCAACACUGGGGUUAAGUGCCUCGUCCAGAGGCACGUUGGCAUGUGAACCCACAUCCAACUGCAAGACAACUACUCUACCCACUGAGCCAGAGUCACCCAAUAUGUGUCUGUCAAAGCACCUAAGAGCCUCCUGUAGAAUGAAUAAAGUCAAUGAAGUCUUAUACAGGAGAUGGCUUUUUCAGGAGAGUUUACUUUUUUGUUAUCCAAGCCAGGCAAACUGUAAGACAUGAAGAAGACUCAACACAAUGCUGUGCGCAGAAUUUAAGUUGCAGAGUUUAUUUCAAUGAUAGACUGAGUUCAAAGAUGGUCUUUAAAUGUGUCUUUCGUAAAUCCCUAGGACAUGCUGACUUAGCUUCAUGACAGCAUAUGAAAGAUACUAAGAGCUAAUACUCUGUGAGAUUGUUAACACAUAAACCUUUGUCAUAGUGGGAGACAGAUCAGUAUUGUUUUUAAGUCCCAGAUGUUUUGCGUCUUUUUUAGUAAUUUGGUCAGGCAUGGGCUGUAUCGAGGUAGACCAAGGAUUUAGAAAGUUAUGGUCUCAAAACCACAAACAUGUCUUAUCCUACUGUAUGUACGGUGAAACUUUUUUGUGAUAAGAUGUCAGAGAAAGGGCAACUGUGACUUAAGAUUUCUGCUACUGUAGAGAGCAUGGAUAAAGCAGAGCUGCCCCUUUCCCACCCGCUGCUGCCAGUCAGUUGGCCGAAAGAAGGCUCUUAUGUUGCACCACAUAUCAAUUUAGCUUUUUGGAAAUCUACAGUUGUGUAAGUAACAGUGAAGAUUUGGUAACUAAGAGAGUGUGACAGAUAACUCUUAUUAAAGUGACACCGUUUUAAAACUAUAGCCAAGUCAAGCUAAGUAUCUAGCUAAGAUUUUGAACAAAGCAGGUAGAUUAUGUCAUAUUUAUUUCAAAUCUCUGUGUUGACACCAUGAUACAGUGAAUCGGCUUCAUGCAGCGGCUCCAACUGAAAAGUUCAUGCCCCGCUAGCCUCCACUGCCUCCCCCAACUUCAUCUGAUGAAGGGGGUGAAAAAUCCUCCACCUCAAAAGACAGAUCCUUGUCCCUCCAUGUGUCAACAUGUCACUUUCUUUCAUCAUGCCCGCAGCCCCGAGCCUUGCUUAACCCCUGCUGCUCAUCCCCACACUUAGCCAUGUCUCUUGGAACCUCACACUUUCGUGGCAUUUUUUAAAAA